CCACCUACAUAUCUCAGUUUCUGUCCAAUGUCGACUCUUCGCGUGCUUUCGCGAGCCGUCCCGGGGUUCGGAUUGAGGGUGCGCGGUGCCGCUACACUGUCUCGUUUCACUCUGGUAGUAACGACGCGUCGAAAUUUGACAUCAACCACGCGUCUUGCUUUCCCCGCUGCUGCCAGAAAGCCAGCGGUCAAGCCUAAAGCAGAGAAGAAACCGGCGAAAGCUCAGGCCACAGGCACAAAGGCGACUAAGACGGAGGAGUCAAAGGCCAGGAAGACCGCAACCACAAAAGUCGCAACCAAAGCUCCCAAAACCAAAACCGCGAAGCCCACAGCUAAACGCGUCAUAACAACGAAGAAGAAUGAUAAAGGUGGAAAGACUUUGCCCAAGAAGCCCAUAUUAGCCAAUAAAGUUCCCAAAUCCCUAUACCCGCCGCGAUACGGUCCAGGAAGCUUCAGUCUGUACUACACGGAGACUGGCAAUCCGAAUCUUCCCACCGUUAAACGUGUCCUGGCAGCAGCAGCAGUUUGGCGCCAACUACCUGAAAGCGAGAAACAGGUUUAUAUCGAGAGGUCCAAUGAAUUGAAGCGCCAAGCGCGUAUCGCUCGAGAUAAAUGGUUCGAAGAGACAGAUCCUGCAAUACUUCGUCGAAUAAAUGCGCAACGAAAGGCCAAGAACAAAAAGCGAAUCCACAAUCGCAGCGAAGAGAGGAAGCGUCCUUUGAACCCUUACCUGCUGUUCUCCGCCCAAUAUCGUGCUGAGAAUCCCUCCAUCUACGCCAAAUCAUUCAAUGAGGUGGGUAAAGAUGUUGGAGCAGCAUGGAAGGCCCUUGAUGCGUUAAAGAGGGAGGCAUGUUAA